AUGUCGAGUACAAAAGGUUAUGAUGAAAUUUUGUCAACAACUACUGCAGAUCUCGAUACAAAUGAUAAAGAUACUGCUCAAAAUAGCAACGAUUUAACUGCCUAUCUCUUAGUAGUGUUUCCAUUCUAUACUCUCGCACUUCUGUUCAAUUUUCUGACGAUCUAUUCGAUUCUCAUCGGUAAAAUCUAUCGCCAAUAUCUAUCGAACGUCGUCCUGGCUGUGAUUUGUAUUGGUGCACUUUUAAAUGUUGACGGUCAUAUGUAUUUAAUUCUCUUACGAUGGACAACUAGUUCGACGUCAGAUCAACUUUGUUCAUCGUCGAUUUAUCUUCGCGAUAGUGGAUCAAUUCUUAUUUAUACACAUAUUUUUAUCUUAGCUCUCGAACGCAUUCUCGCUAAUUUGAAAAAACAACCGAGAAGCAUUCACAAUCCAUUACUACAAAAAGCGCACCUCUUUCUGAUUCUAGUGUCAUUUAUAUCGAUGAUAUUGGCUUUUACGGUUCCAAUUUACACAUUUACACAUUCAAAUUUUUCCGAAAGCUAUGGUCUAUGUAUUCCAGUCGAUGACAAGGCUUAUAAGAUGUACAUCAAUUGGAUCUAUUUCGGUUUUGGUCAUCCAUUUGUUUGGUUAUCGUGUAUCUUACUUGGAAUAUUUCUCUGGCGAAACUCAGCUAAAAGUUAUUCUACAUUAAUUCCUAUGAAUCGAAUAAUUCUGAUUAUUAAUGUAUUCAGCUGUGUGAAUCUUUUGAUACGAACGUUAUUUGACGAUCUAAUUGGUGUUGCAGGUAAACGCUCAUCGAAUGACGAUGUGCCACUUUCAAGCAAAAUCAUCUAUACAAUGAAUUUACGUGAUUUUAUUUCGAUUUUUGUUAACUUAUUGAUUGGUUUAGUGUUUUUCGUUUUCCGGCCAGAAAUUCGUGCAUGGUUAUACGAAUCCAUGAAACGAUUUCAAGGUAACGUCAAUGUGACUGUCACACCACAGAGGUUAGAUAUUCGUAAUGAAUUAGAUGAUAAUUUUCCCGAAACAGACGAUGGAAAUCUACAUUUCCGAUCAGAUGCAUAA